UCCCUCCCCUCGCCUCCACCACCUCCCCCUUCCUUCCUCCCUCUCGCCGCCCACCCCUUUCCGAAUUACACAUCAACCUCGCCUCCUCCUCCUCCGACCCCCGGACGAAUCCAUCCACGAAAUCUCGCCGCUCGCCCGGAAAAGGACGAACCAAUCCAGACUGCAGGUAGUUGUUUAUUAAAGCCAUGGCGCAUGAUGAAGCUGUGGUCACCCACAAGACAGGAAAAACAGCUUCACCUCCUAAGGAUCAACCAGCUCCCUGUCCAUACCCUGAUUGGUCAGCCAUUCAGGCAUACUAUGGCUCUGGUGUCCUGCCACCGACAUAUUUUGCCCCAGCGAUAGCUCCAGGUCAUGCACCCCCGCCGUAUAUGUGGGGUCCCCAGCCUCUAAUGCCACCCCCUUUUGGAACACCAUAUGCUGCUAUGUACCCACAUGGUGGAGCUUACCCACAUCCGCUUGUGCCCAUGAUGGCAAAUCCAUUGAGCAUGGAGCCAGCCAAAUCUGCAAGCAGUAAGGAGAAAAGUUCCAAUAAGAAACUAAAGGAAAUUGAUGGGACUGCAGUAUCUACUGGCAGUGGUAACAGUAAAAAAACAACAUCAUCCAGCGAGGCUUACAGCGGGGAAGGCUCCAGCGAUGUAAAUGAUCUGAAGGUGAGCAGGACUCCUAGGAAACGGAGCAUGGAUGGUGGACUUGGCACAGAAGCAACUGGCGCUGCAAGGAAUGAAGAUGUUUUAAUGGGAAAUGGGGCAAUUUUGCCAAACCACUUGUUUCCAGCUCCAGUCAUUAAACCCAGCGUUAGUAAUGCUGCUAAGUCUGGAGCAAUGGGCACACCAAUAUCUCCACCACCAGGUGUUAUAAUUCCAAGUCACACAGUGGUGUCAACUGAAUUAUCAACUAAGGAUGAGAGGGAUUUAAAACGUGAAAAGAGGAAGCAAUCAAAUAGGGAAUCUGCUAGGCGAUCAAGGCUGAGAAAACAGGCUGAGACAGAGGAGUUGGCUACACAAGUAGAAUCACUUACAGCUGAGAACACAUCUCUACGAUCUGAAAUCAGCAAGCUAACGGAAAACUCCGAGAAGCUCAGAUUAGAGAAUUCUGCUCUAGCGGUGAAACUGAAGAACACCACUGUACCGACCAACGUAGAAAUGCCCGUGGACAAACCAGCAGCUGUUGCAUCCUCCUCUCCUCGCAUCGUGGAAAAUUUCCUGUCAAUGAUCGACGACACAACCAAAUCAAAUGUAAACAAUCACACGGAGCACAGCGAGCCCAAGCUUCGCCAGCUCCUCGGCUCCAGCGCGACAACAGAUGUUGUUGCUGCAAGCUGAAUUGAUUCGCCCUUUCUUCUGGCAAAGAGGACUGAUCUGAUACCUUGCAUGCGGCCUGGGGAUUCUGCAAGCUCAUGCUGCUCACGUAACAUCAGCGCGUUACAGUUGUAGGUAUUUACUUGGUGAGUAUAUUGAGGAACUCCGGCCGGUGGUUACUAUAUUUAUGUCUACUCUAAAAAAAAUCCUGUGUCUAGCUAUAUAUAUACUGUUCUUGAGGCAAUUGAUGCUGAAGCAUCAUGGGCCAUUUCUGUUACUGUAAGGUUAAUCAGCAGUGUUGUAACAUAGGGGUGUUGUGCUUCAAGCCAACCUUUAUUACUAACUAUCUUUUGAGAUCUCUGAAACUUUUGGGCGUCAUACAAACUGGAACUGUGAAGCAGUAUAUAUAUGCAACA